AUGGUAGCGCCGAAGGAGGGAUCGCUUUCGAUUCUUCAAGGUUCAACGUCCUUCUGGCUUCUUUCCCUCCUGAUGUCGGCCUCCAUGUGUCACGCGCUGAUCCACUCUGGAGCGAAAUACGCGGAUCGCUCACGUGUCGCUGGUGGGGGAGCAACGGCCGCGAGGAUUGCGGACGCGGCGGGUCUACCUGUCGUGGGCGCGAGUAGGAGAUUUCUCUGCGACGACAACUCGACUACUAACGCGUCCGAGUCCAGUGGCGGCUCGAAUCGAAAAUCAACGUCCAUUGGCCACGAUGCGGUUCGGAACCACAGGGACCAGGGGAAUACGUCGGGUGCGACCGGAUCGGGAAAAGGCUUGAGUGACCGAGGAGACGUCGAGAGCAAUGGGGAGCGGGUGGGGAACGGCGCUGAUACUGGGCAGAAUAAUAAGGGUGCGCAUCAUGACAGCAGUCGGAGUGACGGGGGCGAGGAGCGCAACGAGAACGAGGGAAGGGAGAAGAGUUACGAGGAGAAGGAUAAAGACAAGAGAGAAAAGCGCAAAACGAACGGAAAGAGCGGGAACAACAACGGCAAGGAGGGCGGCACAGUCGGAAACGCAGCGAAGGGAGGAGGGAAUGUGGAGGAGAGUAAAUCCACAGAGAGCUUUGACGGUGGAGAUUCGUCAAAGGAGGGAGAAAAUCACAUGAAGUGUAACGACUCGAAUGGUAACUCUUCCGAAGAGUCGUCGACGACCCACGGUAGCAGUGGAAGCGGAGCUGAUGUUUCGCUCGGGGAUCGGCUGGGUGGCUGGAGCGGCGCGGCGGGCGGCAAUGAGAAACUGCCGUCGUCGCUCGCUGCGCUACUAGCCGACGCGCUUAUUAGACUGACCGCGAGUGCCCGAAUCCGAAUCGACGGCCAAGGGCUGGACCUCGGACGCCGGGCCGGGCAGCAAGGUUCGUCACCCAACCCUAUUUCUACGUCUGGGCACAGCCCAGCUCGGAGCAGCGACCAAGUUCUCGCGAAACCGCUGAUGGCGGUGAAUCUGUUCGUGUUCAACGAGCCAAUUGAAAUCUCAGCCGUCCAUUCGUUCGAGAACAAGGGCAGCGUGUCGCUGCAGACGCAGCUCGCGCUCACGACGGCUCUGGCACGAGACAACGCUACGGCUGCUGCGACUGGGAAUGCACAGGGUGCUGCACUUGGGCCAGCACCUGUUGAUGCAGCAAGCAGCGCAGCACAGGGCGCUGCAAGGAAACCUACCGCGGAGUUGGAUGAGGCUCGUCUUCUAGAAGCUUCGGUUCCGGUUCCAGAAUCUGCUGUUACGUGGUCCCGCGCGGAUCUGGCUGCUGCUUCCAGGACCGUUGAUUCCGAAUCCAACAGUUUGAAGCGGCGGGAGCUUUCUGAGGCCCACGAGCUCCUGGGCGACCCGCCUGAGGUCCACACUGGCAGCAGCCCAGUCCACGUCAGCAACAGCCCGGUCCACGUCAGCGGGGGCAAGCAGCGGAAGGUGGCGGUGGUGGCAGCGGUGGAUGAGGAAACGCGGAGGGGCAUGGAGGCAUGGAUGCAGGACGAGGUGAAACGCGCUGUGAGCCGUGAAUUGAAGCAGCUCCGACAGAAGCUUCUAGAAGAUGUGGACAAGCGAGUGCGCAAGCUGCAGCAAGGGAGCCGUAAGAAGAGAAGCGGCUCAAGAGGGAAAGGAGGCAGCGACUGUAAAAAAAGGUCCAAGUGUGGGAAGUCGCACAAGAGCAAGAAAUCAAAGGAGCACUACAGUGAUUCUUCGUUAUGGAAGCCUUCGUUACUGGCACACAAGCCGUUCCCCAGCAGCAUCAACAUACGGUCGUACGUGUUUCAAGGGCCAGUGGAAAUCUCGGGAAUUCGUGAGCUGAACAACAGCGGGACGAUCACCAGGCAGACCCAGAUUGCGGUUACCAAAGCAACGGCCAAGGACAAUGGUACUGUGAGUCAGAACGAGCCACAGUCACAGCGGAGCGCUCAUGGUGCUGGUGGUAUGGAGGGUCACAGUAUGGGGAGCAGCGGCGGCAGUAGCCAUUUAGAGGAGAGGAUGACUGGCGGGACGCAUGGUGAUGAGAAGAGUCAUUACCAGAAUCAGCAUGGUGAGGGGAGUGGUGGAGGGGAGAAGCAUGGUAGGGUGGGGGAGGUGAAUAAACAUGGUGGGGUUGGGAAUGUGGGGGAUGUUGAUAACGUGAGUGGCUGUGGAAGCGGUAACUGUACAGAAUCAUGUGGUGCUGACUGCGGUGGUGACGGGGGAGGUGGCAACCGUUACAAUAAUAUCAACAUCGAUAACAACGGCAACAGGUAUAUCAAUGAAAGCACCUACAAUAACGGCAACAGCUACAGUAAUGUCAGCAUAGAUAACAGCCGCAACAGGUUUAUUAAUGGCAGCAUUGAUAAUAGUGGUAGCAGCUACAGUAAUGUUACCAUUUCUGGUAACAACAGCUACAGUAACGUUACCAUUUCUGGUAACACCAGCUACAGGAAUGCCAGCAUAUACAGUGACAACAACAGCAACAGCAGUGGCUACAACAACACCAGUGGUAGCUACUAUGGAGACAAUGCAGGGGCAACUGUUACACCAGGGGCUGGAAUGGGGGGUGAUUAG